AACAAAAAAUUUAAAUGUCUCGUAUAAAUUACAUACAACAAAAUCAAGAUAACUGAUAAAGGAAAUAUGAACUGGGCCUAUUUAUAAUUAAACCCUGUUGUAUGUCAAGUGUUUUGUUACAGCAGUAGACGCAGCCCAAAAAUAAACCAGUUCGAUUAAAAUAUCAAAAAUGUAACUACGUAAAUCGGAUGAAACGCUAAGCCAACACAAUAAAUUUGAGCAAAAAAUUUUACGGAAUGUCCUCUUAUAUAGAUUUAUUUCUGAAAACUGAAUUAACCUGUAUACCCAGACUCAUUCAUAAAUAUGCUGGGAGUUAUUACAACAAUGGUCUUUGCAAUGGAGCCACCUGGUUGUUUGUAUUGUGGUGUUGUUUACAUUUGCUCUUCGAUUGGUUUCUAAAGGCCUUUUUGCGAAAAGUCAAAUAUAAAGAAUAUAUAUCUGACAGAUUGGCACACAGUUUAUGGUACCUGGGAUAUUAUGGUACAGCACUAUUUUACUGUGGAGCUACUAUUUUUCAAAAUGAAAUGGAACUGUUUAAUUUUAAAAAGAUGCAUGUCCCAUCCAGUUCUAAUUUACCCAAUACAUUAAUUAUUGGUUAUACAUUAAUGUCGACGUUUUAUUUACAUAGUAGUGUCUGGGAGGGACUUAAAAACGGUCGAGUUUUGUCUAUGAUUGCAUAUUUAUUAUUGACAUUAUUCCUCAUUGUUUCAUAUAUUUUAAGAAUUGUGGAAAUAUCAUUUACAUUGACAUCCCUUAUUAGUAUAGCCCAAAUAUUGGUAGAAAUAAUAAGGAUUACCACAGUGUUGUCUAAUCAAGACAUAUUUUUUGUUAACAUUUUCUUGAGUACUCUUUUAUGCAUAUGUGUUGUGAUCUAUGUUACAGUUUAUCUUUUUAUAAUUCCGCUAACAUUUAUUAUUCCCAUGGGUUUGAAAAUUGUCUCAGACUAUCCUGACACUCUUUUAAGAAUGUUAAUACUCAUCAAUGCCUCUUGGCUCUUCAUAGAAGUAUAUAAUUCGGUUGCUUACAAAUUAAUAUACCAUUGGAUAUUUCAUAGUGAUGAUGCAGAAAAAAUUUGUAACAUGAUUGACUGUUCUCUUUUUGAACCGAGAGAUGACGUUGCCUUUCAUUUAGAGAAUUACCGACAGGAGGUCAGAGCCAAAGAAGCAGAGAUGAUGUCUUUAAGGAAACCAAAGAAUAAGAGUAUGCUGAUUCAAACGCUUAAAUGUAUGGUAGCUAUAAAACGCAAGCUUAGUGAAAAACGUCUGUCCGAAAAUUCUUCUGAUUCUGAUGACUCCGAAAAGUCGGGUGAUAGUGACGCUAAACUCCGUGAAAAUGAAGACAACGAAGAUAGGGAAUUGGAUUCCGACGAUGAAGAAUCCGACACAGACGUUGACGACUCGAUGGGCAGCGAAGAACAAAGCGAAUGUUCCGAAAAAUCUUCCAAGAAAGAUCAAUAAAGCCCUAGCAUGAUAGACGCACAAAAUAUAUAUAUACACAUUUGUCCAUGUAGCGCGAAAAACGUAUAAUUAAGUUUUAAAAUAGUAUUAAUCUAUCAACUGUUACCAGAAUCUAGUAUCUAUUCACUGUUCUAGUCAUAUAGUACCUGUUUUUCUUUGUUUUAUUAUAUUGAUUAAAAAUAAUUUAAUAAAAUUUCCUUUCAUUAUUUUCUUAUUUGUUAAUAGUAAUAAAAAAGAACGAUUUAUUAUAGUA